GAGGAGGAGAAGAAGAAGAAGAAAUGAUGUUGGUUUGUUUGUAUUUGUAUGUUUCUGAUUUUUAAAAACACAGGUUGCACAGAUGCCGUCUUCAAACAUAGGCAGAUGCGAUAAAGCAAUAGAAUACGACCAAUGAACAGACAUUGUUUUUGUGGAUCAAGAGAUAUUCAAAAACAUUUAAAAUCCUACUGGAAAAAUUUUAAAAGUCAACCUCACAAAGAUACGCGGCAUCAUGGCGAAAAUGAAAAGAGCGAGACAAAAAUUUCAUGCUGCAGCUCAGAAAAGCAAGACAAAGGAGCAGUCAUCAAAACAAUCGGCAACUGAUGGUGAUGCGGAGAUGCAGGAUGAUGCAAAUAUUUCCAGACUCAUGAUGCCUCCCCCCUGUGCCCCUGCGGGUGUUCCUCACGGUGACAGCUUGUUCAAAGACGUCGACCUGUCAGGGUUGCACCUUUUAAAGCAGAAACUACCAGAUUUUGAUGCCUGCAGUUCAGUCACUAGUAAAACUUUCAAAGGUCAAAACUUAAAGAAGAAAGAGAAGCUUCAGCUUCGAAGAGAAGCAUGGAUGGCCAAAAUGGAUUCUAUCCAAAGUGCCAAGCAGAAAAAUAAGCAGAGGAAGCAAAAACAGAACACUCCCAUAGUGGGAGACCUUACUCCUAUGGAAGAUGCUUUGCCCACACUAGAACUCCUCCUCAAGAAAUCAGCACCCCUUGAUGCAAAAAAAGAGACUGACGAGAAAUCCAGAUCAAUACCAAAGGAGAGGAAAAGAAAAAAACAAAUGCUAGAUGACAUCUCCCUGUUCCACCGCGUGCACCAGCACCCGAUGUUCCAAGAAAACGCUGCUGCCACAAUCAAGGACCACUUGAAACAUAAGCUGAAGCAAGAAGAACAGGAAAUGUGUUCGUGACACAUAAACCACUGUAGAGAUGUUUAUCAUGUAUCGUGUUGCUUGUAAAAAUAUGAAGGUUUUAUUGCGAGAGAGAGAGAGAUAAAGGGGCUGCGAGACAUCCCUCCACAGUAAUAAACUGAUAUGCAUUGUCAAUUCCAGUCUAUUUUUAGUAUCUGGUUUUAUCAAUGUAAACAGUUUCCCUAGUAAUUUUUCAUAUCGUUGCCGUCGUGCACAAACCCACUAAGCGCGACCAACAAAAUUUUACAGGACAAGCAAAAAACUAAUUAUUUCUUUUAUUUCUUAAUAUUUUAGAAAACUUUUCAACUUUUACUAAUAAAAUAUGAUUCUUCACCUUCUCACAUGUUGUUUGGAGUAGUGAAAUGAAUAAUUACAAAGAAAAAGGACUUAAAAGAUUUCUGCUCGAGUUUAUCGUCGUGCACAGACCCGGUAAGCGCCAAGCGUGUCGCAUACCUGUUUUGUGCACAGCGGGUCUGAAUUGCUUGUCGUCAGAGGAUGUCAUUUCAGUGGUUUUGUUUUUGAGUAUAUUUUGAUGACGGCAUAAUUUGUCAUUAAAGAAGAAAUUAAAGACAUUUAAACAUAGAAAGAAC